GUAGCACACCACAAUGAUAAGAAAUUACAAACAUUCCAGGAAUUCUUCGAAGCCUGCCGUCGAGGUGAUGUUGAAAAAAUCAGAAGUUUUAUCGCAAGCAAGAAGAGUAAAAAGCCGCGUACCCCACUGAAUUUUUUGCGGACAGCACUUCCGUCACUUGGUUGGCUAGCUUCGUCUAAGGAUCCUUCAACGCUCUAUACGCCGUUGCACACUGCGGCUCUUCAUGGACAUUAUCAAGUUUGCAAAAUUCUCGUUGAAUCCGACAAGCUCUUAUGCUCAGCCAGGGAUAAGCGGGGAUGUAUUCCAUUACACUUGGCGUCAUGGAAUGGUCACUACGAAGCUGUUAAGCUGUUAUGUGAAUCAGAUCCCAGUAGUGUCGAUGCGGUGAACAAUGCUCAAGAGUCAUCUUUGCAUUUAGCAGCCCAACACGGCCAUGAUCUACUUGUUCGCGUCCUUCUUGAGGUCACAAUUUCGAUCAAAACAUUGAUAAUCUAUGAUUACACACUUUCGUAUCUCUUCCUGGGCGUGAAAUUGCGAAUUUUCCAUUUUCAGCAUCAUGCGGACCCAAGAAUACGGAACGCACGGUUCGAAACUCCCCUGGAUGUAGCCGCUCGAACCGGACAUGCCGUUGUGUGCAAAAUUCUAGUCGCUUUCUGCCCCGAGCUUACUUUACAGGUAAAUUUCUAUGCAGAAGCAACCUGUACGAAAAAAAUCCUACCAGGUGCUGAAGCAAUGGCACAAUUAGAUGGUGUAGUAGAAUGUUCAAUAUAG